AUGGAGUUGUUGCAUCUUGUUGCUUUUCCUCUGCUCAGGCUCUCUAUACCAUUCCUAGUCUUUAGCAUUGCUGCCGGCCGCAUCAUAUACGCACUAUGGCUCUCACCGUACAGCCAUGUCCCUGGUCCAAGGCUCUGCAAAAUCACGGGGUUUUGGAUCAUAUACCACGACAUGAUGCUACAGCGCAAUCAAAAGAUAUACCAGUGGCAUGAAAAGUACGGUUCCAUCGUCCUCAUUGCUCCCGGACAGGUCUCAGUCUCGACUGCAAAUGUAACGAGACAAAUCUACACUUCAUCUGGAUAUCACCCCAAGAGCGCUUAUUUUAACAACUUCAUCAUGUAUGGUGAGCGACCCAUAUUUAGCACCCUAGACUGCAGAGAACAUCGGAGACUCCGUAAACGAACAUUUAGCUUCUAUCAGCCUACGUCAAUCUAUAAGCCUGCUGUCCUGGAGCCUAUUCGACAUCAGAUGCUGUUAUUCUUGCGGCAACUGGAGACAGACGCGCAGGCCCAAGAGACUCUGGAUAUUUUGCCGAGGUGUAAUAUGUACUCCUUUGAUAACAUUACACGCUUGAUCUACGGGCCUCAUCACUGUGCCCGCACAGUCGAACCUACACAGCAGGAGCGAAUUAUCCUGGAUGGGUGGAAAGAAUGCGAAGUGUGGAACAACUUCCAGUAUAACUUCCCCCACAUCUAUAGGCUUGUCAAAUUAGCCAUAUGCCAAGCUUCUCGGAACCCCAACUUUCUCACGGCCGAGGAACGGCUUAGUGAAUGGAACAUGGCCAAGCUCACCUCCUCGUUGGAGAAGCCCGAUACCAUUGUGGCCGGUACUCUCAUGGGCCAGUUAUAUGAGGCGCGCACCGAGCACGGCGAGCCGCUUCCCUUUUCCUGGAUGGGUGCUGAAUUAUUGGAUAAUAUCCAAGCAGCACAGACUACAGUUGCCCUAGCUCUCACUUAUGCUCUUUGGGAUUUGGCGUGUCAUCCUCAGUGGCAGCACCAAAUUCGCCAAGAGCUUCUUACAAAGCCGCUGUGUGACGAUGGUUUUCCAUCUUUUGCCGAUAUCAACUCUGCAGAGGUACUCGACGCUUGUAUCCGGGAGUCCAGUCGACUGAACCCGCUUUCAAGCGGACGUGCAGAAAGAGUAGUGCCUGAGACGAAAAUCUACGAUAAUGUUGUGAUUCCAGCCGGUACUAUCAUCUCGACUUCGACAGCAGCAAUACAUCGUUCUCCCGAUGCAUUUGCCGAACCGCACGAGUAUAGACCUGAUCGCUGGCUACAAGCCGAUACGGCCCAGCUGAGAGCCAUGGAGUCCUGUUACAUGCCAUUUGGAUACGGCGCACGCCUGUGCCUGGGGAAAGCAUUUGCACUUGCAGAGAUUAAAAUCAUGAUGGCAUGUUUACUGCUGAGAUUCCAGUUAUCUGAGGAUGCGCAAUCCUUGACAAACGCACAAACAAUGACACAGCUUGGAACUCAAAACGCGCUGCCGCGGGGACUGCGGUGUGACAUUAAAAUUAGAAGCCUAGAUGUGAAUUAG